GGAAAUGACCUAAGAGGAAACCCGGGGCGGUGUCGGCGCGGCGGGUCCGGGGCGCCGCGGUUAUGGCGCUGCGUUCCGCGGUCCGCCCUGCGCAGCCUCGGAGGCUGGAGGAGCAGGGGCGGCCCGGCAGGGGCUGCUGCUAGCACAUCUGUUCCCCUGAUUCUUGCUGUUGGAGGAAGCCAGUCAUGGGGGAAACAGGCAAAGAAGAGUAUAAAAUACAGUCGUUUGACAUUGAGACUCAGAAGCUGCUGAAAACAGCACUCAAAGGUAUCUUGGAGCAAGCAAGGCAUAAGAAAUAUUGGAUCCAGACAGUAUUUCUCCUCUCUACAGACCCCAGCAAUGUGGACCUGGACAAAGUGGCCAAUGUUAUAGUUGACCAGUCCCUCAAAGACUGUGUGUUCAGCAAAGAGGCAGGGCGCAUCUGCUACACCAUCAUCCAGGCAGAGAGCAAACAGGUCGGCCAGAGCAUCUUCCGGAGGAGCCUGCUGAACCGGCUGCAGCAGGAGUACAAGGACAGAGAGGAUUUGCGCAACCGGUCGCUGCAGGCAUGGAUCUGCUACGUCACGUUCAUCUGCAACAUCUUUGACUACCUGAAGGUGAACAACAUGCCCAUGAUGGCUUUGGUGAACCCUGUUUACGACUGUCUGUUCCGACUAGCACAGCGUGAUAGCCUGCAGAAGGAAGAAGAGGUGGACUGCUUGGUCCUACAGCUCCACCGUAUUGGUGAACAGCUGGAGAAGAUGAACUCCCAGCGGAUGGAUGAGCUCUUCUCACUCCUUCGAGAUGGCUUCCUUUUACAGGAGGGGCUCAGCUCCCUGUCACAGCUCCUGCUGCUGGAGAUCAUUGAGUUUCGGGCUGCUGACUGGAAGAUGACAGACGCUGCCCAGAAAUAUUAUUAUAGCGAAGUGACAGAUUAAGCCCUCUACAGCAGAGGUGGAGAGAUGUCCACAGCACUUUCACCAGCAAGCUUCAUACCAAGUUUGAAUUUCUUUUCUUUUUUUAAGCACUUCUUGUAAAUAGGAUUUAUCCUGGCUAAAGCCUCUGGGUAUUUAACUGUCAUCUUAUCAGUCUGUGACCGGUGCUAGCCUGAUUUUGGAUAUUUAGGCAGGGGGGCACACUGAAACCAGCAAGUUCUUCCACUCAUUUUGUUUAAUGAUGGGCUGCUGCCAGCAGAAGGCAAGGAAGGCUUAAACCAGCAUUUUAUACAAGUAUUAAGGAAAGCUGAGAGCAUGGUGGUUGAGCCAAGAGCCAACACUGCUGAGGGAGGCAAAGGAGAAAUGUUUCACAGCUCACAGUCCCAGACCAGGUUGUUUAGGAAAAGUUACAGAAAAUACUGUGGUCAGAUACAUCACAAAUAGCUCACCAAAUUGCUGCUUUCCACUGAUUACUUCCAGCAGACUGGCAGUAUCUGCAUAGGUGUAUGACUGUGGGUCGUUAGUUACCAAUAUCUGCUGGCAGUCUUCAGCAGGAUACGGGUUCUCGAGCACAUGUAGCUAGAAGCAAGUUUUUU